AUGAGCUCAUUGAUGAAACUGAAGCCAGUGCUUCCCACUCAACUUGCUGUAAAGGCAAUUGUAUUCGAUAUGGAUGGAACACUCUGUAAACCUCAGAAGUGGAUGUUCACAAUGCGUGAGGCUAUAGGCCUCAAAGACCCGCAAAUAGAUAUCCUGACUUUUGUGGAUAGUUUGCCGACUGCUAGUCUUCGAGAAGAAGCGAACUUGAAUAUAAAAAAAGUAGAGGCACUAGCAAUGGCAGAAAUGGAACCCCAGCCAGGACUGAUGGCACUCAUGGAGUUUUUGACGGAACAUGGCGUCACCACAAGUAUCUGUACCCGAAACUUAAUCACACCCGUGCGGCACUUGAUCUCAAACUUCAUUCCGGUAGAACACGACCGGUUUCUCCACAUCUUGACUCGAGACUUUCGUCCCACUAAGCCCAACCCAGAUCCGCUCCUUCAUAUUUCUGAACGUUUGAAUAUUUCUCCAAGCAACAUGAUAAUGGUUGGCGAUUCCUACGACGACAUGGAGUGUGGAGCUUCUGCAGGUUGUGCGACGAUAUUGGUUCGCAACGACUCAAAUGGUUCAUUGUUAGAGACACAUGGACAUUUAAUCGAUGCAGUGGUGACCGAUCUUGCGGAGAUCAUUAUGUUGCUCAACUCUGGUUUUGAAAGGCGCGGAAUAUAA